AUGGCAUCACCACCCCUCCUCCUUGUAGUAAGGAUGAUUGUGAUGAGCAAGCAGCAGUCACCGCAGUCCAUGAGAGUUUUGUCGUCACAUUCUCAAUUCAGCCCAAGAAGAGGGCGUGGUGCGCUGUUCAGAGCCAGAAACCCCCAGGAAAGACAGGAGAAUGGCAGGAAUCGUGAAGAUAUCGAAAACAAAAUCAAAAAGUACUUUGUUGCUGCGCGGCAGAUUUCCUCGUACGACAUAUUACCCACUGCACCAUGUUCAAUGGAGAACGCGAAGAGUAUCACCAAGGAACAAUACAUUCAUUCAACAGCCUCGGCAACGUGGACAUGCUGCGUACAUACUAGUACCACCAGCAUUCAUUCCAUGUCAGUAGAGAAGUUCCCAUCAUUUGCUUCCACGAGAUACUCGGUGCUGCAUCUCUCCACCCUUGGCAGCGGCAGGCUCAACAGGUCGCGGACAUGA